CCCUUCUCCUCUUCCUCCUCCUCCUCCUCCUCCUGUUCUCCAGCCAUCGACGAAACUUUAGAGCCGACUUAACGGCCGUUUAACGACCUCCUGGACUCUAUUUUUGUUUCCACCGCGGAGGGAGAUGCUGUGAGGCGGCAUGCGAACCUCUUUUCCAACGGCUGAACCUCGAGACGUCGCGGUGGCGAUGAGUUCAUGAGCCAACGGUACCCAACUCGAGCUUCUCCGUUCUCCUGCUAGUUGAAGUGGUUUUCACAAGGAAAAGGAGGGACUUGUUGGUAUUUUGGUGCAUAAGAAUCUAGAUAGAAAGAGAAAAGCUGGAUAAAAGAACAAGCAAAAUUGCCCGUUUGGACUCGAUCAUGGCUCGUGGUUGCAUCUGCUGCGUUAAAUACAUGCUGUUCCUCUUCAACCUGCUCUUCUGGCUGGGUGGGUGUGGCUUGUUGGGCGUGGGCGUGUGGUUGUCGGUGUCUCAGGGCAGCUUCGCCACCCUGUCGCCCUCCUUCCCCUCGAUCUCCGCCGCCAACCUCAUCAUCACCCUCGGCACCGUCAUCAUGGUGACGGGCUUCCUGGGAUGCCUGGGCGCCAUCAAGGAGAACAAGUGCCUGCUGCUGAGUUUCUUCAUCGUUCUGCUGGUCAUCCUCUUGGCCGAGCUCAUCCUCCUCAUCCUGUUCUUCGUCUACACCGACAAGGUGAGCGAAAAUGCCAGACGGGACCUGAAUGAAGGACUGGUGCUGUACAACACAGACAGCAACGCCGGGCUGAGGGACGCAUGGAACGCCAUACAGGGAGAGUGGCGAUGUUGUGGCGUGACCAACCACAACGACUGGUACACCGCCCUGCAUGACAAUGUGGUCCCGGACCGCUGCUGCCAGCAGGUUUUCCCGGGAUGCGGACGCAACGCCACCAAUACCUUCUGGACGCGGGGCUGCUAUGAGAAGGUCGAGGAGUGGCUGGACGACAACAAACACCUGCUGGGAACCAUCGCCAUGUGUGUGUUGGUCAUACAGCUCCUCGGGAUGGCGUUCUCAAUGACGCUUUACCAACAGAUCCACCGCGCGGGCAAGAAGUACGAAGCCUGACGGGGUCGACUAUCAUUUCAACUUGUUAAUACCGGUUCCAUAAAAUACAUCACGUGGUUUAUUGUAAUAAUAAUAAUAAUAAUAAGCCAGAUAUCAUGUGUGCUGCUGCCGCCUUUUUAAUCUCACUUUGUUUUUUCUAUCUAUUGAAUAGUUUUUUUUAUUAGUCGGCUUUUUGAAAAUCAUCACUCUUAAUGCAUGUGAGUUAUUUGUAAUGUGUCGGUGACAAGAGGAGAAACAUUGUGUACUUAUUCAAUAAAAGCACUCGUCACAAAUGUGA